AACCGCCCUCUGCCUUCCCUUGCCUAUUCCCUCCUAUAUAAGCUUCAUCUUCCCGGCGAUUUCCAAAACAACACAAACACUCAAAAUCACAAACAAAACUUCUGAAUAAUAUUUUCCCAAGAAAGUUUAAAAUCGUGAGAGACAAACAGCCGCGGCAGAUUAUAUAGAGGGAGUGAGCUUGUGAUCUGAGCUCUCAUUGGAGAGUACGCGUGUGUUGUGAGAUUUCAAUGGUGUGUUCUGGAGAAACGGGAGAGAGAGUGAGUGGGUUGGUUAUGGCUAUGGGAACAGAGAGAUCGAAGCCACCGCUUCACAAUUUUAAUCUGCCUUGCUUGAAGUGGGGGAUUCAGAGACACCUCCGUUGCAUGAAAGUCUCAGAUUCCGGUGCUUCCAAGGAUAAGAACAUCAGCAAUGGAAUUUCCACCGAUCGCCUUCGCAGUGGCCGAUCUCCACCGUCUAAAUUUGUCGCCACUACGGAUUACGAAAUCCGCUCAUUCAAGAAACUAAAACAGAGAAACGACGGCGGCGGUGACGCGGGAGGGAUCGCUGAAGUGAGAGAGAAGCUGAUGUUCGAUUUCAAAACGGCGGCAGAUAAGAUGAAAGAUGCAAUUUUGAAGAAAGGAGUGUCAGAUGAAGGCGACGAAGUGCGGGGGGUUCCGCCGCAUGAGAAGAUGGAGGAUGAGGAUGAGGAUGAGAAGGAACAAUCUGCCUCUCCUGUUCCACCGGCGGCGGUUGUAGCGGAGACAGAGCAAGAGGUUAGACCGUGGAAUCUGCGAACAAGGAGAGCAGCCUGUAAAGCUCCGAUUGCCGGGAAUUUAGUUACAGGGAAGGGCUUGAAAAUUGAGGAGAGGAAUGUAAGUAAUUUUUCGCCGUUGAGGAGUGAGAGCGGGAAAUCUCCAAGGCUGAGAGGAGAGAAAAAGGAAAGAGAGGAUGAGAAGGAAAAGGAGACAGCGCAGAUGAGAACGAAGUUUGCGUUGGCGCUCUCGAGGAAGGAGAUCGAUGAGGAUUUUAAGGAGAUGAUAGGCCACAGACCAGCUCGGAGACCCAAGAAGCGACCCAGGAACGUGCAGAAGCAGUUGGAUAUGCUCUUUCCUGGAUUGUGGUUGACAGAGGUUACUGUUGAUACAUAUAAGGUGCCGGAGAUCCCUGAUAAUGGGAAGAGGUAAUUUGAAUGGCGGGUAUUACUAAAAGUUUAAAAUUUCAAGGCUUCUUCUUGCUGGCUACUCUGGUAACUUGGAACUCUAGCGAGCGGUAUACCAAAGCAGCACACCAUCCUUGUGAAUUAGGGAUUUGAUUUUAUAAAUUUCCUGGUUGCCCAUUGAGGUGUAAGUUCAGUUGCUGUGAAAUUGCAAAUUUUGUUCUCUUUAAUUAUGAUUCUUUCUAUCUUUUUUCUUUAUCAGAAUAAUGUUAAUGUAAAGAAAGGUGGCUAGAUGUUCUUAACUGAAAGGGAAUGCCUUGUUCUAUACUUUUCAUAGUGUAUGCUUACCAUUUGCUUUGAUUUUGAUGAA